AGUUGUCUUAGUGGUUAAUUUGUAUCGUCUCAAGGUCGUCGUUUUAUUCUCUCUCAAUGAAAUUUUUCGCCACCAAAGCUCCGAACGAGGAAGUUUCACUGACAAACAGAGUGUUUUUCAAUCCAAAAGAUUUUAACGAGAAACUAAACUGUGUUGCUAUUCAUACAGCCGCUGAGAAAUAUAUCUUCCGUGGUGGUCCACAUGAAGGUGUGCCACAAGGAAAGGUCGCUUUUGGAUUGGCUCAGCGUAAAUGGGGAAAUAUAUCGUUGGAUGAACCUCUUGAUAUUCAACCGCAUACAUUCAAUUUAGCUCGUGAAUGUUUAGGCUCUGCAGUGUUGGCUGUAGACUUCAAUAAUAAGAAGAUGUCUACAAAUGAACCACUGGAUUCAGAUCGAAUGGCUUUAGAGUUUAGCAUGCAAUUCGCCGAUACACCAUUGACUGUUGGCCAACUUAUCUUAUUUCGAUUUAAUAAGAAAUUAUUCCAAAUUGAAGUGAAAAAGUUGUCAACUUUAUCUGUGGAUGGUGGUGAUAUGGGCAACAGUAAAAUAGGCAUGUUGACUGGGAAUACAGUGAUACGAUGGGAGCGUCAACCGGAUUCAAAGUUAUUAUUAAUUGGUAAAGCUGCAUUGGAUGGUGACGGGGCAAGUGCUCUCGGUGGUGGCGGUGGUUACCAGAGCAUCAUCAAUCCUAACUGGGAUUUUAAUCAAAUGGGUAUCGGUGGAUUGGAUAAAGAAUUCUCAGCUAUAUUCCGAAGGACUUUUGCGUCAAGGAUGUUUCCACCAGCUGUUGGAAAACAACUUGGUUUAAAACAUGUUCGUGGUAUCCUACUGUACGGUCCACCUGGUACGGGUAAAACGCUAAUGGCACGACAAAUUGGUAAAAUGUUAAAUGCACGUGAACCAAAAAUUGUCAAUGGUCCAAGUAUAUUAGAUAAGUAUGUUGGUGAAUCUGAAGCGAAUAUUCGUAAGUUAUUCGCUGAUGCUGAAGAUGAAGAGAAACGUAUGGGUGCACAUUCUGCUUUGCAUAUUAUUAUAUUUGAUGAAAUUGAUGCAAUCUGUAAAUCACGUGGAUCUACAGCUGGUGGUGCUGGUGUGCAUGAUACAGUGGUGAAUCAACUUUUAACUAAAAUGGAUGGAGUUGAACAAUUGAAUAAUAUACUUGUCAUUGGUAUGACUAAUCGUCGUGAUAUGAUUGAUGAAGCACUUUUAAGACCUGGACGUUUUGAGAUGCAAAUGGAAAUCUCUUUACCCGAUGAAGAUGGUCGACUACAAAUUCUAAAUAUACACACUGCAAAAAUGCAACAAUCUGGAAAAUUGGCUCGUGAUGUCGACUUAAAGGAGUUGGCUGUAAAGACCAAAAAUUUCAGUGGUGCUGAAAUUGAGGGCUUGUGUCGAGCUGCUGCAUUUACAUCUAUGUAUCAGUUAAUUAGUCCAUCUGGAAAGACUCAAUUGGAUCCUGAUGCAUUCGAUCGAUUACUGGUGAAACGUGCUGAUUUCCUGUAUGCAUUAGAACAUGAUAUUAAACCGGCAUUUGGUGUAUCUGAAGAAGAACUCAGUUGUUAUUCACCUCGUGGUAUUAUGAUGUGGGGUGAAUCUGUCUCGCAGGCAUUAGAUAUGGGUCGGCUGGCAGUAUCAGCUGUAAAAGAACCUGAUGUUGAGACGUAUCGACCGUUGACUCUACUCCUUGAAGGUCCACCGAAAGCUGGUAAAACUGCGCUGGCUGUUGAAAUUGCCAGACUGUCUGGAUUUCCAUUUAUUAAAAUUGUUACAUCGCAUAAAAUGAUCGGAUUUACUGAAAUGGCUAAGUGUGCUGCAAUGAAAAAGAUUUUUGAUGAUGGUGCAAAAUCCCCGUUGAGUGUAAUCAUUGUUGAUAAUAUUGAAGGUCUAAUUGAGUACAAUCCAGUUGGCCCAAGAUUUUCUAAUUUUAUGGUUCAAGCAAUUCGUGACUUGGUAUCCCAGCCAUUAAAAGCGGGUCGACGUAUGCUUGUACUGGCUACAACAAGUUGUCGUGAAGCGUUGACAGAUCAAAAUCUUACACAAGCCUUUUCAUGGCAUGUUCAUAUUGGUAUGCUGUCACGAGCAAAGCAUAUUGCUGCUGCUUUAGAAGAAGAUGCCCGCUUCACGGUUAAAGAACAACAAAUUAUUGAAAAAUCUCUUGCUGGUCGCCAGUACGUUUUCCAGUUUUACGCUUUUAGCCUUUUGUUUUUUAUGCCUACUUUAUCUUAUCUUAUAAUAAUGUUUGCAGGUGGUAUUUAUUUAAAACACACAGGAUUAGUACAUUAUGGGCACCAAGAGAUGUACUGCCAAACAACAAUAUUUAUAAGGAAAACAGGCCUAUACUUGUCAAGAUUAUUCAAUAUUCAUCACUUCUUAGUACUUUCAGACACGGGGAAAUUGUAGCAUGUUCACCAUUGAUUGCGAUUCUUGACACCAUAUCGGGUAAUCUUCUGAUCUACAAAAUCGAACUGUCUUUCGGACUUCAAGCAGAGAGUGAUGAUGUACCAACUGAUGCUAAAUAGCCUAACAUAAAUAUUUUUCAUCCCACGGUGCUACGUCAUGGGCUGACCACUUCUCCACUUUUCUCAUCCAGUUCCACGGCCAGCGAACAUAAACCUGGGAUUACAUUCGCAGCACAUAUCCAAGCCACCGAACACAGUGUUCCCAGAUGACUACACAAUGACUGGCGACCUGUCUCCAAAAAAUCUGCCAGACCUCAGGAUUGCGUUCUCGAGGAUGUUGUUGGAUGCAAGCAAGUAUACGGAGGCAGCGAUGGUAGAAUACGCAGAGUCGCUGCACAUCUUCAUCUCGGCGAGGCUAGGUUUCACAGGUGUAGAGCAAGAAUGCGCGCAACGAAGUAUCGUAAAUCCGACCUUUGACAACCAGGCUUACAUCACGACAACUCCAGAGGUAGCCCUAAUUAGCUUCAAGCUAUUCAUCUGCAAGAGUGGGUACAGACAGCCUCCUGUGGGUCUUGCCAGAGUAUAAUGUGCACGUAGGCAAUGCAAAGCAUAUACCAUACUUAGAGACACUGGUCGCCAACUGAUUAAGUGCGAUUUGGGCAGUCUGCAUGUUAUCGUUCACUAGGGCCAUCGAGUUAGAAAGUCUUUCUCCAGGAGAGGGAUCUGUAUCACAACCGCUCACGUCCUAUGAAAAUCAGUCCCAGCUACUAGCUUCCGUCUUUUCCGAGAUAGUCACUUAAAUAGGCCUUCCCUUAAUACUGCCUUUAAUGGUCAUUGUGCAGAGAGCCAUUCAAAACUAGUUUUCUUGUGUUCAUUACUUCUUGGAAUCAAUCAAUCUAUGAAGUCUUCAACUGUUGGUUUGAGACAUGUAAGGGAAUGGGGGGGCGUCCUAACUAUCUGGCUGUGGUUUUCAAGACAGACGGUAAGAAACGAAUAGCUGGAGACUUUUGGUGCUAUAGUUCAAAAUUGUUCUCAACAAACUCUUAAAUCUAUGAAAUUCUUAUUAUUCCCGAUGUACUUAUUCUUUCUCAUGUAGAUUUGUGCUUAUCAUUAUUUCCUUUAAAUUCUUCUUUUUCUCUUUCGUUACUUUGGUGUGCUAUAUGGAGCGCAGCAAUUUGAACUGCUGCACUAUUGUGAAAUAGGUUCUAAGUCAAGAAUUCAGUCGAUUAAUCUGAAGGGAUCCUCUAGAUUUUAACAACCCCCUCCUACCAAAAAAACUAAAGAUGCUACUGGUAUAAUAUUUUGAGACGAAUAUCGUUAACUUUUUAGUUAGUGAGAUCUCAGUUGCCUUCUACUGGAGCAGGGGGUAUGCGCCGCACUCAAUAUUUGAGGUUCGAUGAUAUUUACACAAAUUGGCCAGGUUUAAUUCAAGUGAAAGGAACCCGAACUUGGGACGCACUGCCUAGAAUUCGAGUGUUUUUAAGUCAGUACUUCAUAUCUCCACUUCGUAGCUAAGGAUUCCUCAAACAUGUUUCAUGUGUCUAUUUAGUUGUACCACCUCCCUUCCGAAAAGCAAACUCAAUAUUUCUUUCUCCUUACCUUGUUCACAUAAUUACAACACAACUGUAAUUAGAUUAUUAGAUUUGCGAAGACUUGAUUUAUUUCAAAAAUUGUUGACUGAUCAACCACGGCGUAGUUUUCUCCACUUUGUUUCCUUAUGCGCAGUUAGUGUAUUUUAAUACGUAAUGCAACUUUCACUUUAAAAAAAUGUUAUCAUUGGUGUUAUUAUCCCUUUAAUUCAUUAAUGUUUGUGUCUUUUUUUAGCUUGUGCAUUGGGAUUAAACAUCUACUUGAUUUGAUUGACUUAGUUUCAAAGAAUGAUGCUGAUCAUCGUGUUGCUGCGUUUCUUGCCAAGUUGGAGGAAGUUGGUAUUGUCGAUGAAUAAGACCUUCCUCCUCUCUAUCUAUCUAUCUAUCUAUUCAUACAUGCAUACCUACAUAUAUGUAAUAUUUAUCAUCAUACAUCAUGUCAUAAAGGUUGUGUUAUAUAUUGAAAUAUCUUUUGAAUACAAAUCAUUCCUAUCUUCUACAUUUACCUAUUUACCUAUUUAUUUAUUCGUUCAAUACAUGGAAUUUUGCGUCUACAACAUGCUGCAAUAUUAUGUCUCUCUCUCUCACACUCUUCCUCUGCAUUGAUGCUACACAUAUCCUUACAUAAAUGACAAUAAAAAGCAUAAAACAUUCCAUGAUGUGAUAAUGACUACACUACUCUGAUAAUUUCCGCUCAACAACACCCUACUCUGUCUCUCUCCGGGGUGCGCGCGCUCUUUUUCUCUCUCAUCAUCAAGUACGUGUUUUCUAUUUAUUUAUUAACUUAUUCAAAGGUGAGUUAUUAUCGUGAGAAAUUCGUUCAUUCAUUCAUUCAUACGCACCAUGGUAUUCUCCUUCUUCUUCCUCCUGUUUGUUUCUCUCUUCAACGUAGGCUUGCUCAAAAGCAUUUUUAUCUAUUUAUCUAUCUAUCUAUAUAUAUGUACAACAACGUCGCUCAUUGAAGGCAAAAGUCCGUGUGUGUGUGUGUGAGAGAGAGAGAGAGGAAGAGAGAUAGAGUGGGAAGCUGGGACUCUUUUGUCCUUAUUCUUAUUUGAGCUGUUGGUAGUGUCGUUUUUUUUCAUAGAGUGGGAUUCAUGCACUGCUCAAUUUAUUUAUUUAUUGAUAUACACGGCUUUCCUCUUCUUCUUCUAAUCCACUACGCACUACUGCUCAUGCAUACACUUUAUCACGUAAUUUAUCAGCCGUUGUGACAGCUAUUAUUAUUAUUAUUACUAUUAUUAACCGCCUUUUUUAUUAUUUCUUAAUAUUCUCAUUCUCUUCUUCAUUGAAUUGACUGUUCUGUAAUGUGUGUAUCUUUCUCUUCAAAGCCCCUUUGUUAAUCGAAAUUCCUACUGUGAUGUGUGCGUGCGUGUAUGUGUGUCUGAUAUGCAUGAUAUAAUGUGAUAAAAUAUUUCCUUUACACAAUUCUAUAAAAUACUCUUUUAUUGAUUU